AAGCUAUCCAGUGACAGAGCUGCAAUUUCACAGCACAACUCCAAACCCAAUCGUUGGACUUCACCCACGAUGCGCCGGACACUACGACUCUUCGCCGCCGUCAAGCCGGUGCGCUACCUCGAGGCCGGUAACCCCACCGGUCUCACCGGUCUCUACACGCACAACUCGCCGCGCUCGACGCUGCUCUACCUCUACGGCUCGACCCUGGACAAGAUCAAGACCGCCCCGGAGUCCUCGCUCUACCGCCAAUCGAUUGAGGCCCAGACAAAGCAUCGCAUGAGCAUCGUCUCCGCCGCCGUACCGCCCGGAUACAAUGAGUGGCAGCAGAACGCCCAGAAGAUCCUGAAGGAGAACCCAGAGGGCUUCAAUAUCGCCUCCCAGGCCGCCAUCAAUGGCGCACAGGCUCAGAUCAUCACGAGGGGAAACCAGAUUUUCCUGAUGCGCCACGAUCCCAUCAAAGAGGAUGAGCGUUACGAGGAGUGGGAUGGCGAGGUUGACGAGGGUGGCGAGAAGGAGGGUCUGCGCACCGAGGCUGAACGCGCGGACCAAGAACUCUUCUUCUCGAGAAAGCCCAUGGAGAUCAAACCCAAAGUUACAUGGGAGCCUGAGCCGCAGUUGACUGCCGACCAGGUUGAGGAGAUUGAGCAGAAGAUUGGUGCUGGCCUGAUUGAGGAAGUCGUGCAAAUGGCCGAGAGCGAGCUGAAGCUUCUUGACCUUAUGCUUCAGGCCAAGCCGUGGGAGGAACUCGAGGAGAAGCCCGCUGAGGGCCAAUGGACAUAUUUCGAGCGCAACUCAUCGUAAGGGGCUAGAUCCGGGACAGCACAGCAUUUGCCAUGCGUGAUCUAUUUGGGAUCCGCUGAUGUACAGUAUAGUCUCACUUGUACAUAAAUUUAGAGCCGCUAGUUGCCAGGGGUAGUCAGAGUUGAUAUAAAACAUCACUACAUGCAGGCAUUGUUGAGGGCAUUGAAUCACUAAUAAAACUGGCUAUCAGCUGAACACCGCCCACGUCGGAAUGGGAAUACUCGAUGUAUGUUUUGGUGUUGCCCAAACUGAAUCCACACUACACCGUUCUGGGCGUCUGACAGGGUCAAAUACAUUAACAUCCCAC